CACACACACAAGUUCUUAUUGCAGAGCCUCCUCACACAACACUGACCUCUUGACACAAGUGUGACCAGCAGAAAAGGAGAAGUGUUCCCACGACUCCAGUUUUACUUCCUAAUGUUAAUUCUGCUAUUGAGCAACAAGUCGGCAGCAAGUCUGGUUGAAACAUCACAGCUGAUCUAAACAACCAUGAACAGGACGGAGUUUCUGAAGCUACAACAUUCCCCAUCUUGACAAUCAGCCGCAGUGUCUACCAACCUUGUGUUGGGUCAGGCUGACACGGACCAGACCAUUAGAUAAUUAGACGAAUAAUCUAAAUUUAUCAGCAACUACCAGGAUAAUCAAUCGUUUAGGCUCCUCCACAAUGUCAGACGCAUCAGAUCCAGAAAAGUCCUCACCUCCACCACCUCCUCCAUACUCCUACCACCAGCAGCCACCUCCGGCCUACUCCACAGUCCCAGUAAUGUACUGUCCAACCAAGACUGAGACGACCGGCAUCAGUCAGCCUGCCCCUGUGUACGAGUCGUUUCAGGACAUUCUCCCAGAAAUCCAGUCAGACACGACCCCCCCCAUAGACUCGUCUGCUUUUGACGACAAGCUGGUGAGGAGAGGGUUUGUCAGAAAGGUGUUCAGCAUCCUGACUCUGCAGCUGGUCUUCACCUUCAGUGUGGUGUGUGUGUUCACCUUCUCCAGCGUGGUGAAAGACGCGGUGCAGGACAACCUGUGGGUCUUCCUCAGCUCCGUCAUCAUCUUUGGCGUGGUCGCCAUCACCCUCGCCUUCUGCAAAUCCUUCAGACGUCUGUACCCUUGGAACGUCGUGGGCCUGGUUGUGGUCACCCUGAGCUUCUCGUACAUGGUGGGAACCAUGGCCUCGUUCUACGACACCGAAGUUGUGGUCAUCACGAUGGGAGUGACGCUGGCGAUUACUGUGGCAAUCAUCGCUUUCUCAGCACAGACCCGUUAUGAUUUCACUACUUGUUACGGUCUUCUGCUGAUCCUGUGUGUCGAACUCAUCAUGUUUGGAUUCUUCGCCAUCUUCUACUCCAACAUCGGUGCUAUCGCCUACGGAUGUCUGGGAGCUCUGGUGUAUUCACUGUUUCUCAUGUUCGACUGUCAGCUGAUGAUGGGGGCGAUGAGCAACCGCCUGGAUCCUGAAGAGUACAUCAGCGCUGCCCUCACCAUCUACCUCGACAUCGUCCUCAUCUUCCUCUUCCUACUGGGGAGGAGGUGAAACUGAACACGCAACAAAGACACACACAAAGACCCACACUCCAAACAACAUGAAAAUGGCCUUUAUUUUUAUUGUUAUGUUUAAAGCGUAACCACAUCCAGUUUGAAUGACGAUCUGUGUUUUUUACAGACUGUUUUACAUGAAUAAAAGACAUUUUUGGACUGAA